AAGUAACCAUACUUACGUAUAAUUUUUUUAUCAGGUUAACUUUGUAAAUAGAGAGAUAAAACACCCAACUAAUGGCUCGUUGCUCAAUAUCAUUAAUAUUAUUUUUAAAUCUAACAUUUUUCAUCAGAUUGAGGGUCGAACAAAUUAGCUUUGGAAUGACAAACUCAAAGCACUUGAUAGUUAUCACUGAGCCGCAUCGGCUUGUAGAAGAAAAUUUUUUACAAUUCCCAGCAGUUCAGAUAACUUUGAUCAAUGAUAUAAGAUAGUAUCUACCAGGUAUCCGUGACAUGCGGAUAAUUUCUUCAUUAAUCGGUCGAUUAAAGUAUUCUGUAAUCAAAAGUACAAGUUAAUUAACAAUAAAGAUUUGGUUGUAUUUUAUAAAAAAUCUAAGAAGAAGAAAUGGAGACCACUGAAAUGAUGAUUGAGACGCCGCGUACUAACCAAGAGAGCAAGAAACUUUGGCAAUACUUGGCGGCUUUUUCAGCGAGUAUUCUAGCGAUAGGAGUCGGAAGUUCUCUAGCAUGGACAUCGCCGGUGUUGAUAAAGCUCUCCGCUAAAGAUUCCUGGCUCCCAGUGAGUGAAGAACAGGGCUCAUGGGUGAGCUCUCUCCUGGCCAUCGGAGCAAUGGCUGGAGCGUUUCCCGCCGGAAGCUUAGCCGACAAGCUAGGCCGCAAAAAAGCCCUGCUUCUUCUCGCGGGGCCAUUUCUUCUUUCCUGGACGAUGAUAGUCUUCGCGAAAAGCGUGUGGGUGCUUUACAUAGCAAGGUUCGUCGGCGGGAUCUCUGUUGGAGCGUCUUGUGUCCUAGUUCCUACUUACAUCGCCGAGAUAGCUUCUCCCUCGGCUCGUGGUACUCUGGGGGCUAUUUUUCAGCUGUUUCUCGCUUUUGGAAUUGUUCUGACCUUUGUUCUAGGCUCGACGGUCUCUUAUACUGUUUUAGGGAUUCUUUGUGGGCUAGUUGAAGUUAUUUUUAUUGCAGCUUUCUUCUGGAUGCCUGAAUCACCAAUGUGGCUUGUGGGACAAGGAAGAAAACCCGAAGCUUCAAUAGCUCUCGGAGUAUUUCGAGGUGACGGGUACGACACCUGUGAAGAAAUAUCUGAAAUGCAGAGAGAAGUUGAAGAAAAUGCAACAAAAAAAAGUUCCGUAUUUGAUUUAAUAAAAACUUCAGGAGCUAGAAAAGCCGUGUUAGCUUCUUUCGGUUUAAUGGCGUUCCAACAAUUAUCAGGAGUUAACGCUGUUAUUUUUUACACCGUGACAAUAUUCAAAGCAGCUGGCAGUAGUUUGAAUUCAGAUGUCGCUGCGAUAAUUGUCGCUUUGGUUCAAGCAAUAAUGGCAGGAGUAGCAGCAUUAAUUGUCGACCGAUCUGGAAGAAAACCUCUAUUAAUAUUCUCUUCUUCUUUCAUGGCAAUUAGCCUAGUCGCUCUUGGAUUAUAUUUUAACCUCAAAGAUGGCGGCAAAGAUGUUUCUAACCUCGGAUGGCUACCUCUUGUAUCUCUAACCCUUUUUAUGAUUGCAUUUUCCGUUGGUCUCGGACCCAUUCCUUGGAUGAUAAUGGGCGAAUUAUUCACCACAGAAACAAAAGCCAUGGCUUCAGGAUUAGCUGUAAUGCUAAAUUGGUUUUUAGUAUUCCUUGUCACUAAAACAUUCCCAUCUAUGAAAGAACAAUUAGGCGCUGCGGUAACUUUUUGGGUGUUUGCCGGGAUAAUGGUAGUCGCAACCGUCUUUGAGUAUUUCUUCGUUCUAGAAACAAAAGGAAAAACAUUACAAGAAAUUCAAUGUGCAUUAAACGGAGAAGAUCAAAUUGAGAGAACAAGACGCCCUGGUUGUCAAUUUAAAAAUAAUAAAAAAUAUCAAUUGGACGUUAGAGCCGAUCACCGCCCCACUAUGGCUACUAAAGAAGAUUCAUCGAUAGAGGGGCGAUAUAAAGAGUAUCAAUAUGAGGCCGUGGCUACAAGUCUUCCUGUGUCACCUCCGGACCUUCACACUACCCUCGAUAACAAACCAGACAAUAAUUACUCUUCAAUCACUUACGUCGACAAUAGAGCUGAUCCUUGUGAUAACAAAGGAUUCUUCAAUAGCCACAAAUUCAAUAAAAUGGAGCGAGAAAAAGGCUCCAAAUUGUUUCAAUUCAUUGCUGCUACUGCUGCAAACAUCGCCGUGGUUGCUGGAGGAGCUACUCUGGGAUGGACUAGUCCGAUUUUGUUGAUGCUAAAAAAAGACCCGGUGAGUCCUGAUAACCCUAUAGGAAGACCUAUUAGUGAAGAAGAAGCGUCUUGGAUUGGAUCGCUGACUCCAGUCGGUGCGUUGGUUGGUGGCUUUUUCGCUGGAUACUUAGCUGAAACCUUUGGAAGACGUGCAACCUUACUAUCAAGUGUCAUACCUUCAACCCUGGGAUGGAUUCUAAUCGCGACAGGACAAAGCGUAGAAAUGUUCUACGUCGCAAGGUUCAUUUUUGGCGUAGCUUUGUCCAUUUCCUUCGCUGUCCUGCCGAUGUACUGCGGUGAAAUCGCGGAAACUUCAAUCCGAGGAAUUCUCGGGUCAUUUUUGCAAUUGUUUAUUACUAUAGGCUUACUGUGGGCCUACAGUAUUGGUCCGUAUGUUUCUUACACGAGUUUUUGGAUAUCUUGUGCAGCUUUGCCUAUCGCUUUCUUCGUUUUGUUCUUCACGAUGCCAGAAUCGCCAUAUUACUUAGCAGCGAAGGGUCGCAAGGAAGAUGUCGUCAGCGCUUUAGUAAGAUUGCGGGGAAAAAGUGAAGCUGCGGUUCGUGCUGAAGCUGAUGAAAUAGAGACAACUGUUCGAGAUGCUUACAGUAAAGAAGCAAAGAUAACAGACCUGUUCACGAUCAAGGCCAAUUUCAAAGCGCUAAUUUUCACGUGCUUGCUGGUAAUUUUUCAACAGAUGACAGGUAUUAAUGUUGUUCUGUUCUAUUCAGAGAAUAUUUUCGCUAGCGCGGGUAACAGCGGAAUCAGUUCUUCAAUCGAGACGAUAAUUGUCGGAAUUGUUCAAUUUCUUGCUUCCGGUGUGACACCUCUGGUGGUUGACAGACUGGGAAGAAAGAUACUUUUAAUUAUUUCCGGAACGGGAACAGCUAUAAGUCUAGGAAUUCUUGGAUUGUUUUUUUAUCUGAAAGACGAAGCGAAAAAUGACGUGAGCAAUAUUGGCUGGCUACCAAUAGCUUCAUUGAUAAUCUUCAUCGCUACGUACAGCAUCGGUUGGGGUCCGCUUCCUUGGACAGUUAUGGGUGAAAUGUUCUCCACGGAAGUUAAAUCCAAGGCCUCGGGGAUAGUUGUCUUUGCCUGCUGGUUUUUGGGAUUCUUGAUCACCAAGUACUUCAGCAAUAUCGCAGCAGCGUGGGGACAAUACACUGCCUUCUGGCUCUUUGGAGUUUUCUGCGUCCUAAGUGUCCUAUUCACAGUAUUUAUUUUGCCGGAAACUAAAGGUAAGUCCCUGCAAGAAAUCCAAGACGAGCUCAGUGGAACUAGUCAUAAAUAAUUAAAAUUAUUGUCUUAAAAAAAAUAAUGUUAAAUUUCUUCUCUGUUAAAUAACAAUGAUGUUGAAUCAAAUAUUUAUCUAUUUAUAUUGAUAAUAAAUUAACUUA